UCCUACGAUAUAUCUUACCCAUUUUUAUACUGUUUCUUCUUUUCUUCCUUUUCUCUUUAAUUCUAUGAUUAAGACUCUGCUUCUCCGUUCUUCUUUUUGCUUUUCUCGCCGUCAUAACUUCUCUUUCUUCUUAACAAGAUUCCCAUAUCCCAUCACUCGCUUUCCUUCACUUUCUUUUCCUUUCUCGAGCGUUUCCCCUCCGCCCACUCUCUCCUGCAACUGCAAGGUUUUCUCCAUGGCUGAACGGAUCUCCACUUCAAGCUCACACUCCCAUAAGUAUACUAAUCGUCUCGCAUCGGAGCACAGUCCUUAUCUUCUUCAGCAUGCUCAUAAUCCGGUUGAUUGGUAUCCUUGGGGAGAAGAAGCUUUUGCAGAAGCGAGAAAGAGAGACGUGCCAAUUUUCUUAUCAAUUGGAUAUAGUACCUGCCACUGGUGUCAUGUGAUGGAGGUGGAGUCUUUUGAAAAUGAAGAGGGGGCAAAGUUGUUGAAUGAUUGGUUUGUCGGUAUUAAGGUGGAUCGAGAAGAAAGACCAGAUGUUGAUAAGGUGUACAUGACUUAUGUGCAGGCUUUGUAUGGUGGUGGAGGGUGGCCACUAUCGGUCUUCCUUUCACCUGAUUUAAAACCCUUAAUGGGUGGAACCUACUUUCCUCCCGAGGAUAAGUAUGGAAGGCCUGGAUUUAAGACCAUUCUUAGAAAGGUGAAGGAUGCUUGGGAUAGUAAAAAGGAUGUGCUCGUUAAGAGUGGAGCCUUUGCUAUUGAACAGCUAUCAGAAGCAUUGUCAGCUAGUGCUGAUUCAAACCAAUUGCCUGAUGGGCUUCCACAAAACGCAUUACACUUAUGUGCAGAGCAGCUGUCCAAAAGAUACGAUUCAAGGUUUGGUGGGUUCGGAUCUGCUCCCAAGUUUCCUAGACCAGUUGAGAUCCAAUUGAUGAUCUAUUGGUCCAAAAUAUUAGAGGAAAGCGGAAAACCUGGUGAAGCCAAAGAGAAUCUUAAAAUGGUUUUCUUUAGUUUGCAAUGCAUGGCAAGAGGAGGUAUGCAUGACCACAUUGGAGGUGGCUUUCAGUUUCACAGAUAUAGUGUGGAUGAAUGCUGGCACGUUCCUCAUUUUGAGAAAAUGUUGUACGACCAAGGGCAACUUGCCAAUGUUUACUUGGAUGCUUUUUCCAUCUCUGGAGAUGUAUUAUAUUCAUUUAUGUCUAGUGAUAUUCUUGAUUAUUUGAGGAGAGAUAUGAUUGGUUCAGAAGGUGGAAUCUUUUCAGCAGAGGAUGCUGAUAGUGCUGAAUUUGAAGGUGCAACCAGAAAAAAGGAGGGAGCCUUCUAUAUAUGGACAAGUGAAGAGAUCGACGGCAUUCUUGGAGAGCAUGCCAGCCUUUUUAAGGAACACUACUAUGUAAAGCCCUUGGGAAACUGUGAUCUUUCUAGCAUGAGUGACCCGCACAAUGAAUUCAAGGGGAGUAAUGUGCUUAUUGAAAGAAAUGAUUCUUCAGAACUUGCAUCAAAACUUGGCAUGCCAAUCCAGGAGUAUCUGGCUAUUCUAGGUGAAUUCAAAAAGAAGCUUUUUGAUGUAAGGGCAAAAAGACCUAGGCCACAUUUGGAUGACAAGGUGAUUGUAUCUUGGAAUGGACUUGCAAUUUCAUCUUUUGCAAGAGCAUCUAAAAUCCUCAAGGCUGAACCUCAGGGCACAAAUUUCAACUUCCCUGUUGUUGGCUGUGAUCCCAAGGAGUACAUGGAAGUUGCAGAAAAGGCGGCACAUUUUAUUAGAAGACAUCUGUACAAUGAACAAACGCGCAGGCUUCAGCAUAGCUUUAGGAAUGGCCCAUCGAAAGCACCUGGGUUUUUAGACGAUUACGCGUUCUUGAUUUCAGGGUUGCUGGAUCUUUAUGAGUUUGGUGGUAGCACAAACUGGCUAGUUUGGGCAACUGAACUCCAGGAUAUGCAGGAUGAGUUAUUUCUCGAUAGAGAAGGUGGAGCCUAUUUUAACACUCCAGGAGAAGACCCUUCAGUGCUUCUACGUGUAAAGGAAGAUCAUGACGGGGCAGAACCAUCGGGAAAUUCGGUCUCUGCAAUCAGUCUUGUGAGAUUGGCCUCCAUGGUUUCUGGCAGUAAAUCUGAUCACUACAGGCAGAAUGCGGAGCAUCUUCUGGCUGUUUUCGAGUCUAGAUUGAAGGAAACGGCAAUGGCAGUGCCACUUAUGUGCUGUGCGGCCGCUAUGCUGACCGUUCCUUCCAGGAAGCAAGUUGUCUUGGUUGGCCAUAAGUUUUCUGAAGAGUUCGGAAACAUGCUUGCAGCUGCUCACGCCUUAUAUGACCUGAAUAAAACAGUAAUUCAUAUAGAUCCAACAAACACAGCAGAGAUGGGAUUUUGGGAAGCGAAUAACAACAAAGUUGCCCUCAUGGCUAGAAAUAAUUUUGCAGCCGACAAGGUGGUGCUCGUAUGCCAAAACUUCAUUUGCAGUCCCCCGGUAAGCAGCCCUAAAUCCCUACAAGAUCUGCUCUCUAAAAACUCUUCAGCGCGGUUGGAUGUAUGAGUUAGUCAAGAUUCGGAAUCUGCUCCACUUUUGUUAUACCUUUAGUUAGUAGUGUAUGAAAAACAAUAUAUCAUGUAGUACAGUCCCUUAUACAAUGAACCAAUAAAAUGCUUUCAUAGAA